UUUACCAUUUGUUCCUUGUGUUCUUGAUUUUUGUUCCAGACUAUUUUGUUGUGGGAAGGACGCACAUAUAUAUCUGGUCUGCCUGCUUCGUCAAGGAGUGGCGUGAGACACGGAAGGGAGUAACGGCACAACGGAGUUGCCACGCCCUUGUCCUGAGGGAGGCAUCCAGCCACGACCAAGGUAACGCAUCCAGGCAAGACAGGUGCCCACCCUGAUCCAGCACAGCCAGCACAGCCAGUACGCCGCCGUCGCGAGGGGCAGCACAUCGAGAAGAUAUGUUCUCUUUCCUCAACCUUCAGAAUUUUAACUUCGAUUUCGUCGGAGACUCGAUCUCCAACAGCGGGCGCACCGGCAAGAAGAAGACCAGCAGCAGCAAUGGCAAGAGAGAGUCUGGCAAGCAGCUCUGGCUCUGGGAGUCGCACGGCUCCUCCUCCUCCUCGCCGACGGCCAACAGCACUGCCAACAUGACUCCGAGGACCGAGCCCGUCGUCACCCCGCCGCCGAAGAGGGCGCCGUUGGAUUGCCCCGCGGCUCGCCCGGAGACGGAGAGGGCCAAGCGGCGCUCCUUGUCGCAGCAGAGCGCGGUGCGCAACAACAACAAUGAACAACGGCGCUCGUCCGUGUUCUUCAGGCUCCCCGACCUCGACAAGAUCCUCAAGGGCGACAACGCCAACAGCAGCAGCUCAGCAGAGGCCGUCGCCGGCGGCAGCAAGAAGGAUGUGCGCAGCGCCAGCAGAAGCGUCACCGGCAGCAAGGGUCACCACCAAGGCAUGGGCGGCGGCGACGGGGACUUCGGGCAAAGCCUCGCGGCCAAGCUCAGCCGGCCCGUUUCGGGCCGCAGGCGCGGCCGUCGGGCUUCCGUUGCGCCCGGCGGUUCCUCGCCCGGGCGUACGAGAGAGGAUCGCUUAGCAGCAGCGGAAGAGGAAGCAAGGAACGCGGCCGCGGCGGCGGCGGAGAGGUCAACGUCCGUGUUGGAUGAUGAAGAGUCCCAUGAAGAAGGUUCGGCUGGUACCGCGCCUGCCGCUGCUGCGGCGGGGGGAGACGAAGGACCACGGUUCUUCGAAUCGAAACGGGACAGCUUGCUGCUGACCGUUGGGGAGGAGGAGGAGGUGCUGGCGCCGGCUGCUGCUGCUGCAGCCGAAGGUGAUGCUUUGCACCAGAAGCAGCAGCAAAAGGGUGAUCGUUCGAGGGAUCAUAAGCGGCCGUCCCCAAGAUCUUCGCCGAGAGCUCUCAGCGCCGGCCACAGGUAUUUCGAUGCGUUUUAG